AUGAUUCCAGCUGUGUUAGCCGUUCUACUAUAUCAGUUACUAGCAUUUUUAGGUGCUGAAGCAGUUACUCAAAUAGUGACAUACAUUGCCUUCAAGAGGCGAGAUUUAGAUUUCAAGCUAAUGUACCAGCAAGAUCCACUGGGAAUACUCUCAAAUUACAAUCGAUUCGACAAAUCAGCACAGCAAAAAGCCAUCAUUAUAUUCCUAUCAUUUUUUGCAAUUGCUCUCCAAUUCAUCCCUACCAUCUUCACAAAGUUCACUUCAACAGGUUCAAUAUACUACAGCCCUAUCAAUACACCACUUACAAGAUCAGAAGCAACAGAAAAGUACAACUGGCCAACCACUUUACCAGUAUUCAGCAAUUUUGUACCCUACUUGUCCAACCCUACAGCAACUUCUCUCCAAGAUAUGACAAAUGAAUAUAUCAAGGAAAACCUUCGUCAGAACAAUACACAAAGUUCCGUAGGAUAUUGGUUUACACCCAAAAUCUCGAAACGUUUUGAAUGGGACAAUCGGCAAAAGGGCUUCUUGGAAAACUUUAAUGGCAUCUAUGCCAACGGAAGUUUAGCAGACCAAACAGCCACUGCAUUUGGAAAUCGUCCAGGCGAUUCCGAAUAUCCAUCCUCACAUACCUUGUAUAGCUGUAGAGCGUCAGACCCUACUAAUUUAGUCAAUUAUAUACCAGCUAUCCAUGGCAAUUCAGUACAAGGCGCAAAAGGAUAUGACUUUCCUUGCUACCCUAUCUAUGAUAACACACUAUCCAUUGUACUAUCUCAAAGAGUCGACGGUGCAUAUCAAACCAGUCUAUUAAACUCGAAUGACACCAUUUAUCGUCAAAUGAAGCUCUUUCAAGGCACGUCGGCUUCUUCCUCAUUUGGCGUCAGCAUUUUUAAUCAUAACAGCUCUCAUAUGACAAUGGCUAUCAAGAAAACGGCACAUAUCACGCUCUACAGCUACAAUAGAACAGCCAUUCUACCCUCAGAUUGCUCGAAAGGUGACAGGGCAAAUUUCACCAAUAACUUUAUUGAUUUGCCUUACAACGCAGUUUUAUGUGAUUUAAUCAAUGCCAAAAACUCACUCAAUGUGACAACAAGAUUAGUCCAAGCAGCAGGCCGUAUAUACUUGGAGAAUUACGUAGUGAACACGGUCUACACUUUCCAAACUGGCGGUAUGUACGAUGAGGGAGAAAGUAUUAUGGUGGAUCUUAGUCUUUUCCAGGCCACUACUGUCGAGGGUAACCUGCUGGACAAAAAGGAGCACAUGGUUGCUUACUCUGCUACCAAUUUACAAUUCGACAAUCCGCCCAGCAAUGACAUGACAACUACUGCAGCAGAUCUGUCCAACGAUAAGAUUGGUACCCUGUUGAAAGCAUUGGACCCUUCUCGCAUCAAUCAAGAUACAGUUGACAUUCUAGUCGGCAUGGCAUCCAUGCGGGUUCGAUGGGAAAACGGAGACUAUACAGAUUUUGCACUAAACAGAUCUCAUGUGCUGGAAGCUGUAGAGACUCCCGCUUGGUGGAUCAUUGCUAUUUGUGCUCUGGCUAUAAUCUUUUCAGUACCACAGACCUGUCGUUUACUUGUGCGCCGAAUUCCAGAGUACGCAGAAGACUUACGAACUCUACUCCUGCUGACACUUGAGCGCUCUGGAAUCAUAGUUUCUCCUGAUGCAGGAGUUGAUCGAAGAAAUAUAAUGGCUAAUGUUGGUAUUGCGCUGAACAGAAAGGAUGAUUACGAAAGGAAUGCUAUAGAUAGAACAGCUAUGCUGUCUGUUAAUGGAUACCCAGUGAUAAUUGUCAACACAAUGUCAAAUACAGCAGACAGUCGUUUGAUUCAGGAAAAUCCAAUCUUUGUGAAUGAAAAGUAUGUCUGA